AUGGCACCUCGAAAAGGGAAGGAAACUAAGGAAGAACAGGUCAUAAGCCUUGGAUGUCAGGUGGCCAAAGGAGAGAAUGUAUUUGGUGUUUGUCACAUCUUUGUGUCCUUCAGUGACAUCUUAGUUCAUGUCACUGAUCUUUCUGGCAAGGAGACCCUCUGCCGAGUGACUGGUGGGACGAAGGCGAAGGCUGACCGAAACGAACCCUCACCGUGUGCUGCCAUGUUGGCUGCCCAGGAGGUGGCCCAGAGGAGCAAGGUUGGACCCACUGCCCUGCACAUGGAACUCCAGGCAGCAGGAAGAAACAGGACCAAGACCCCUGGAUCUGGGGCUCAGUCAGCCCUCAGAGGCUCGGCCCACUCAGGUAUGAAGACUGGGUGGAUUGAGGACGUCACCCCUGUCUCCUUUGACAGCACCCGCAGGGAGAGGGGCUGCUGUGGUCACUGUCUGUGA